AUGUCUAAAAUUACUACAUCCAUAUUCAUCCUAUUGUCAAUUUUGACCGCGAUUAAUGCUGAAGUUGUAUUUAGCUAUUCAAAACACAAUAAUGAAUUGCAUUACAACAUUGUAUCAGAUGAAAAUUUGGUUGUUUUAGCCUUCUCCGGAUAACAGGUAUAUUAUAUAACUAUUAAUAAAAGGACUUAAGAGAAUACCUAUUUUGUAGAGUGAAAGAUUGUGAAUGUGAAGAAAGAUUUGCUUAAGGACCAAGGAGCCAUCCAAAAUUGAGUGAGCAGUAGAUUAUCUCCAAUUACUUUUGUGAAAAGAAUUCAAUGAAAUUUGUAAGACCUGACUCAGGAUCCUAACCAUAUGUGUGGAAGAACACUCAGUAAAAAGAACAACCUAAACAUGUUGAAAAAUAAUCAAGGAUUAUUUAAGAAGUCACAAAUACAUCCGACAGUACUACUUAUACUGACACUGAUAUGACUGCAUCCUUGUCUGUAGGAACUACUUUCUAAGUGAAAUGGAAGUUUAAUACAGAUGACACAAUUGAGAUGUGCUUCAUUUUGAAUUAAAAAUCAUGGAUAGGAGUUGGUUUUGGAAAAGGGGUAAAAAUGAUAACAAAUAAUUUAGAUGAAGAAUGUUGAUAUGCUCACGAUUAAUAUAAUAGAUGGCUAAGCAGAGGUUUUGGAUUUGUGGUCAGUCGAAGAUGAUACUCCUCCAACAGACACAUAACAAGACUUAGAAUUAGUCUCUUACAGCAUAUCUGACACUUCUGUAAAAGCUAGAAUAAAAAGGAAAUUAAAUACAGGAGAUUCCUCAUAAGAUGUAGUUUUGGCUAAGGGAUCUGCUUAUACUUGGAGUUAUGCAACAUCAUCAGCUUUGGUUAUGGAGGAUCAUGGUCAUGACUUUGAAGAAUUUUCUAUAACUUUAAACGAGACAGGAGAUACUGUAAUUUCGUAUUCAGAACUGCUUAUGUUCGUUGUGA